AACUUAGAAUCAACCUGGGAAAGAGCCUGGGAAUCGACUUGGAAUCAACUUGGAAUUAACCUGGAAUCAACUUGGAAUCAACCUGGGAAAGAGCCUGGGAAUCGACUUGGAAUCAGCCUGGGAAUCAACUUGGAAUCAGCCCGGAAUCAGCCCGGGAAUCCCCUUGGAAUCCCCCCGCUCUCCCAGCCUCCCGUCCGGCGCCGCGUCUCCCCCAUUCCCCGGGAAAACCUGGGAAUUCCCGCUGAGCCGGCGAUGCCUCCUCGAGUGACCCCUCCCUGACCCCCCCCAAUCCCGCCUUAUUCCGACCGGGAAAACCAAACCACCCCCCCCCUCCUUUUCCCCCCCGUCCCUCAACAUGCCCAGGACCGGCGGCUUCUCCGAGCCGGAAUUCUCCGCCGACUACUCCGCCGACUACUCCGCCAGCCUCCCCUCGGAUCCCGAGCGCGCCGCCGACGCCGCCGGCUCCUCCCGCCGCGGAACCUUCCGGAUCUCCCCGCCCUGCCCCUGCCUCCCGCGCUCCGCCCGCCUCGCCUUCGCCCCGGAAUCCCUGGAAAACCUCUACCAGGCCUAUUUCCGCCGGCAGCGCCACGACACCCUCCUGGUGCUCGCCGUCUUCGCCGCCCUCUUCGACACCUACGUCCUGGCCACCGUUUCCUGGGAUGUGGGGCGGGACGGGCGGGAAUUCCCGCCCGUCCUGGUGCCGGCGGCGGCGUUCCUGCUGGCCCACGGGGCCCUGCUGGCCCUCUGGAAGUGCCGCCUGCUCCCGGAGCGUUUCUCCCGCCGCUUCCUGCCCGGAAUCCUCUGGAUCCUCAUCCCGGCGCAGGUCCUGGGCUACCUGGCGCUGAAUUUCGGGAGCGCCCCGGAGCCGGCGGACACGGUGGGCUGGCAGGCCUUCUUCGUCUUCUCCUUCUUCCUGACGCUGCCCCUGCGCCUCCUGCCCAUCGUGGCCGUGGCCGCCGCCUCCUGCGGCCUCCACACCCUCGUGCUCGGCGUGGCCGUGGCCCAGCAGCAGCGGCGCCGCAAUUCCCUCAGUUCCCUGGAGCGCGGGGGCGACCUGGGGAGGCAGCUGCUGUCCAACGUGGCCCUGUACGCCUGUGCCAUCACCGUGGGCUCCAUGUCCUACCACAUGGCCGACAGGAAGCACCGGAAGGCCUUCCUGGAAGCGCGGCAAUCCCUGGAAGUCAAGCUCAACCUGGAGGAGCAGAGCCAGCAGCAGGUCGGGAAGGGAGCCGGGAAUGAGGCGGGGAUGUCGAGGAGGGAGGUGGGAGGUGGGAGGUUUGGGGAUUUUGGGGUGUUCCAG